AUGAGAAGCAACUUCUCGUUCCACUCCAAUUUGCAAAGGUACACCGCCUCUACUCUGAAUGAUGCACCCAACUUUAUGCCGGCAGAAUACUUUCGACACGCAUCAUCCGCGGACAACUUCAUGAGAUCAUCGACCACAAACAGCGUCAUGUUUGCCUUCCCAUGUUCUCGGCCACAUGCCGCUGGCUUCGCAGGACUAGUCAGGCAAAUACGACAAGCAUCAUCGAAACGGUGGCAAGCGCGCCAACAGAGAGACCAAUUCACAAGGGAGGCGGCAGUGCAAGGACUCAAAAGCCGAGCUGCUUUCAAGCUACUGCAGAUUGAUGAUAAGUAUCGGCUAUUUCAGCGAGGUCAGACAGUCGUAGAUCUGGGAUACGCACCAGGAUCGUGGUCGCAGGUAGCCGUGAACCGAACACAGCCGAACGGCCGAGUCCUCGGCGUCGACAUUAUCCCUGCGCAGCCACCGAAGGGUGUUUCUACAAUUCAAGGAAAUUUUCUUUCGCCGGAGAUUCAGGAAUACAUUGAGGAAUUUCUGCGUAAUCCAAACCGAGGUCGGCCUCGACAACUUGACAACAUCGACAGCGACAGUACUUCGAGCCUACUCGAAGCAAAUGAGACGCAGAGUCAAGCUGAGGAUGGAUCGGAGUCUCCUGACACCAGGCAGUGGAGGACAGUGGAUGUGGUGCUCAGCGAUAUGUCUGCUCCCUGGUACCAGACAUCCGGUUUUUGGAAACGAAGUCUAAGUAACCCUUAUCACAGGAUGAUGAACACCAGCGGAAACAACUUUCGAGAUCACGCGGGGAGUAUGGACCUAUGCAACGCCGCCUUGCAAUUCAGCUCAAAGGUCCUCAAGGCGGGUGGGCAUUUUGUGUGCAAAUUCUACCAAGGCGCAGAGGACAAAGACUUAGAGAAACAGCUCAAAGAAAUGUUUCAGAAAGUGCACCGACUAAAGCCAGAAUCAUCACGCAGCGUAAGCGAUAUAUCUUCCAGCCAACUCUCUCCAAUUAUGACUAACAGGCAGGCGCGAAAAGGAAUCUAA